AUGAACACACCCAUCACUCCUAACCCCAAUCAUGCCUACCUUUACACGGGAGUCAUGCCGAGUCCACUUUCACCUCAAGGGUAUGGUGGCCCAACAUCAGGCUAUCCACCACCCGAGAAGCCAAGUCGCCAUACUUCCCUUGUACAUCAGCCCCCACAAUUACGGUCUUCCGUGCGACAAAUGCAUCCAAGACCUAGAGACUGGGAAAUUGAAGAGGAAUCGAUCAUCCAAAACCUACAACCGACCCCGCUACCCGUCCCGCGAGUCACCACCACAGACACGACUACUAACCUUACCAACACAACCACUCAAACUCCAACGUCCGCGAUGCCCCCUAUCAUCAAUAUAACCCCGACAUCAGCAUUGCCCUCUCCUGCUUUCACAGGUCCAUUCCCGUCCCCGCAUCCCUCGACACGAAGGAGCCGUUCACGCCCUAAAGAGUACUUGGACUUACCCGCUGAACUCCAAAUUCCUCCUCCUCCUCUCCAGAACACGUACCCGCUUUCAAACUUCAACGUCCCCAUCCUCCGGGAGCCGAACGCUGGCAUGCGACGAGGCAGACGAAGAAACACCGAGUCUGCGGCGCAAGCGCAGCACGCACCAAUACAAGGCCAGGGAGGUUUGGCCGUACCCUUACAGGAAGCCGUCAUGACUGAGAAUGGCCUAGAAUACGCGAGGUUAUAUGAUCCCUAUUCUGGGGCGUAUAACGGCGGCCCAGUACUGUAUCGCCAUGGGACCAUGGGACAUGAGCGUUCUGUCAGUGAGGAUAACGACGCUCGACUACAGGGUUACCAUCCUUCUCAACAUCAUCAUGAGGCCUAUCAUGGAAUGAUGCAAAAUAUCCACAACUUGGCACCCGUUGUGAGGAGGGUCUCACUCACCCAUCCUGCGCCACCUGCGUAUAGUCCUCCGCGACUGAUCAGGAACGCGGACCCGGAACGAGAUAUGCUCUAA